CUAGCACAGAAGAAGUGAAGAAUACGUAACUGUAAAUACUUCGGUGAUUUUAGCAACGCUCAAUUAUGUUUUAUAAAGGAAGGGAGAUGAGACACCGGUGAUAUUAACAACACUGGUAAACAGUAACCAAGAACAAAACAGCAGCGGGUCUGACUCUGACAGGAGCUAAAGGAAACCUCUCAACUAAAAAUUUGGGGAAAAUAUGUUUUCUCUGCCUACAACCUUUCAGUCGCAGGGAACAGUGCCUUUGACCCAUCUUAUCAAUGUGAUCCAGUACCUGAAAAGUUCAGCCAACUCUGCCGUCAGCACAUCAGUGCAGAGUUUACAGGGGAACCUUUCAUCUAAAUAUGACCCACUUCUAAAUGAGCCUAAAGUGAACUUGAAGGAGCUUGGUCUUUCAGAGCUGAGGUUCAGUCACGUACAUGAUGUUAUGAGAAGACUAUUGCCUUCUCUAGAGGAGAAAUCCAUCCCGAGCUGUGCUCAAACCUCAACAGCAUGGAGAACAUCUCACAUUUCUGCCCCCUCCUUCUUUCAAAACAAAUAUGGGUUUUCUCACAAACACGUGGGACACUUUGGCUUUCCAGUGUUUCAUAGGCAGAGAUCCAGCCCCCUUGAGGCAGCAUGCGUAGAUCUGCACCAUCUGCAAUUAUGGGUCCAAAACAGAGGUUUUAAGACAAUGAAGUCCAAGACCAGACAUCUGCAGUCUCGUUCUGAUGGUCCAGAAGAAGCAGAGGAUUAUACUCCAACCUUUAUGAAGGGCCUUCUUAUGAAGGAGAGGCGAGACACAGACAGUCUUGAACAGUUAAUGAAACAAAAUAACCUGCAAGAAACUCACCAGGACGCCUUCAAGAGCGGCUUCACGGAGGGAUUCAUGAAAGCUCAGACUUUGACACGGAGGACUCAAGACUCUGUAACGAGGACACGUCUGGUUAUGCUUGUCCUCCUUGCAGCGGGCUUGUAUGGUCUGUCUAGAAGCCCUAUCUUUUCCGGUAAAGGGUCGUUUUCUGACACUGUUCGUUUCCGCACCACCUCUGGUCUGGAUUCAGCCCUGGAUCCCAUUCAGAUGAAGAAUGUCACCUUUGAACAUGUGAAAGGUGUAGAGGAGGCCAAGAACGAGCUUCAGGAUGUUGUCGAAUUUUUGCGAAACCCUCAGAAAUUCACAGCGCUUGGUGGUAAACUUCCCAAAGGUAUCCUGCUGGUGGGGCCUCCAGGAACCGGAAAGACCCUGUUGGCCAGAGCUGUAGCAGGAGAAGCAGAUGUGCCCUUUUUCUACGCCUCAGGGUCAGAGUUUGAUGAAAUGUUUGUGGGAGUCGGAGCGAGUCGUAUCAGGAACCUUUUCAAGGAGGCCAAAGCAAAUGCCCCGUGUGUGAUUUUUAUUGACGAGCUGGACAGUGUGGGUGGAAAAAGAAUUGAGUCUCCAAUGCACCCGUACUCACGACAGACCAUCAACCAGCUGCUGGCUGAGAUGGAUGGGUUUAAACCCAAUGAAGGAGUGAUUGUGAUUGGAGCUACAAACUUUGCUGAAGCUUUGGACAAUGCUCUGGUGAGACCAGGCAGGUUUGACAUGCAGGUUACAGUACCCAGACCUGAUGUGAAGGGACGCACCGAGAUCCUGCAGUGGUAUCUGAAGAAAAUUAAAGUGGAUUCUGCUAUUGACGCUGAGAUCAUUGCCAGAGGAACAGUGGGUUUCUCUGGAGCUGAACUGGAGAACCUAGUGAACCAGGCGGCCCUGAAAGCAGCAGUGGAUGGGAAAGAUCUGGUGACCAUGAAGGAGCUGGAGUUUGCGAAGGAUAAGAUCCUCAUGGGCCCAGAACGAAGGAGUGUGGAGAUAGAUAAGAGGAAUAAGAUGAUAACAGCCUACCAUGAGUCAGGACACGCUAUAGUGGCUUAUUACACCAAAGAUGCCAUGCCCAUAAACAAAGCUACCAUCAUGCCACGUGGCCCUUCUCUGGGACAUGUGUCCUUGCUGCCUGAGAACGAUCGCUGGAGUGAGACAAGAGCCCAGCUCCUGGCUCAGAUGGACGUCAGUAUGGGGGGCAGGGUCGCUGAGGAACUGGUCUUUGGAAAUGAUAACAUCACAACUGGAGCAUCAAGUGAUUUUGAUGGAGCCACUAAAAUAGCAAAGAUGAUGGUGACACGGUUUGGGAUGAGUGACAAGCUUGGGGUUAUGACCUAUAAUGACCUAACGGACCAUAGCCCGGAGACCCGGGCAGCUGUAGAACAGGAAGUCAGGGUGCUGUUACAGGGUUCGUAUGAAAGAGCAAAGAAGCUUCUGAAGACUUACAAUAAAGAACACAAGCUGUUAGCCGACGCCCUGCUUACUUACGAGACUCUAGAUGCAAAGGAAAUUCAGAUUAUUUUGGAGGGAAAGUCAUUGGACCCCAGAUGAUGAAGGCUAGAGUUUAACAGACAUUUCAAGACAUAAUCUUACUUGUGUAAAUAUAAAAUCUGUUAUAAGCCACCAUAAGUCUCUCUUCAAAUUGUUCAUUUUACAUGCAAAAAGUUGGCUUUCAAGCAGACAACAUUUUCCAUAGUUAAAUUGAUGCCAACAAUAUGUAUGCAUGAGCAGGGAACUCCAUGGUUAAGGCUAUUAAUCAAGUAAACUCUAAAUUCUUCACUUAGUUUUUAGAAGCCAAGUAUAUAUAUAAAAAAAGGGAUGAUUUUUAAUGAUUUUUGUAUUCAAGUCAUCUGAAGCACAAGUUCAUAUUAAAGGGAUAGUUCACCCAAAAAUGAAAAUUAUGUCAUCUUACUCACCAUCAUGUUGCUUCAAACCCAUAUAGCUUUCUUUCUUUCAUCAAACAAAAAAUGAGAUGUUAGGCAGACUGACAGCCUUAGUCACCAUUCACUUUCAUGAUAUGGAGAAAAAAAAUUCAAUGAAAGUGAAUGGUGACUGAGACUAACAUACUGCCAAACAUCUCUUGUAUCAUUUGUAAGGAGGACAGAAAGUCAUAUGGAUUUGGAACAGAAUGAGGGUGUCAAUGAUCCCAUAAUUUUCAUUUUUGGGUGAACUAUCCCUUUAAGUUGAAAUGUAAAAAGAACCAUUUUAGCCAGAGCUUCUGUCUACAUCAGAAAGUCCCAUUUACAACACAAUCCUAGUAAUCAUUCAGUUUUUUUCAUGCAACUUUAAAUCACAAGCCAAUUUCGAAUCUGACUAGAAUGUCAGUGUUAAUUUCAGAUCUUCAAUUAUUGCAUUUUAACAUGACUUAACAUUUCUGAUCCUUGAUUUUACUCAUUAAGUUAUUUAUUUCAAUAUACUUUUUGAUUUUGUCACUAUUUCAGUUGUCCAUGUGUGUUUGCAUGUUUAGACGGCUCAGGUGACCGCCCUGUAUAUAUGCGUGUUUGAAACAUUAUGUGUGUGCUUUAUUUUGAAAUUAAUACCAUGUUCAGAUCUGUUGCUCUAAAUCAGAAAUGAACAGGGAUAUAAGACUUCUAAAUAAAAUCAGUUAAAAAU